AUGCGAUUUCUUCCUCGAUCGUUGUCGAUUGAUGACGUGAUGAAGUUGGUCGAUACAGAAGAGGGUGAUAUUCUGGUGCUGACCGAGCUCGUUCGUGAUGAAAGUGGUAUUUCAGGGUCGUCGGAAACUAGUGAUACCAGUGGUAGUCAGGUCGCAUUAGAACAAGAGUGGACCUAUGAAAACGAGCGAACUGGCGCAUGCAUGAGACACUCGUCAUUCCUCGGGGAACGUCUCUCGGCGAUCGCUAACGUAUUUCCCUACAACUCCAUCAAGUUGUGUCAUUCUGACAAGGUCAUCUUCAUAUCGCUGCAAAUAUUCAAUCGCACAAAUGUUGAUAGGACUGGCUAUGUUAUUGACGCGGCUUAUGCGAUUUUUUUCGAACGCACUGCCCCAGGUGUAUUCGGAGCACCACCAGAUCCCACCUCAGUAACUCUGGCGACAACUUUGGCUCAAACUCUGUCCUUGAAUGAAAUCGAGGCGAUGGAGGAGAUCGAAGACCGUAUAUUGCUCGGUCGUGCCACUGAUCUCAUCAACAGUACUGCUGUGCAUUUCCGUUCGAGAUUAAGUUUAAUACCUGAACAACACAGUAUUAUUGACGAAUGUGAUGAGCCGGAUGAAGACGACGAUACUCGCCCAUUGGAGACUACAUUCGAUAAUAAUCACUCGGAGAGCCCCACUGAUUCAAAGAGGAUUCGUUCCGCUGAAGCUAAUAACCGCUCGAUAGGUACCUUUAUUGGAAAUUUGUUCAGUGGUGCUCGUGAAGGACGUCGACGGUCUAACGCUAGCAAUAAUUCGAGUGGAUCCUAA